GCAGUCCCGUCUUACCAGCGCCACGGACCGAUGCCAGCGACCAGGCAGAACAUCCUAUGUCGGUGACAACAGACCCUCCGAGUCCGAAGCCUGCCAGCACGUCAUACGGUAACACCAGCAACAAUGAACGAUACCAUAGUAUAGGAGCGGUGCCGGACCUGGACGACUGGCAGGCGAAAAUCAAAAGGCUGCCCAGAAUUCCCGCGGUCAAAAUGAUGAACUUUGACCAGUUCAAAAAUCGGCAUGGAUUGGAGAAUGGCAUUCAUAUCAUUGAAGUCCUCCGAGCCGGGUCGGGUACGAGAAACGAGAUCAACAACUCGCAGUUGGAACACACCAGGCAGGCACAGGACCAUACCGCUGAGAGUCCUGACCUACAGGGAACCUGGAUACAGCGGGUUCGGAUUCAAUCAGAGCCCAUCACGCGCUACAUUCAGUAUGUGGCGGGCGCCAGUGGGAUGGAUGUCACGCGGCCAUGGACGUUCUUUCGACCAUUUCACUUUUUCAUCGUGUUUCGCUCGAAGAUGAAAGAAGCGCUUGAAAACCUGGAAGAGACAUGGGCUUACGCCGAAAGAUUGGAGUCUUCUGGUCUGAAGCAAACGGCUAUGGUGGCAAGGGAGACGCCGCGCGCUCAUGACGAGAAGACUGGUGAUAAGAUUGAUGAAAAGAAAGAAGCAGAAAUGGAUCCCACUGGCCCGGAGAUGAGCAGCAUCACCGCGUUGAGACAUAUGCGCUGCUUUGUGGAGUUUGUGGAUAAGGAGAUAUAUCCCCUAUUCGAGCGCUUCAGGGGAUCCGCGCCACAAAAGGUCCGCUUCGGUGACCUUUGGUUGCUCCUUAAGUAUGAUGAAAUGCUAUACUCUCCGCCCGAGGGAGAGGAGUUCCAGAGCUCAAGCCAGCCAUUAUCACCAAAGUCGAAGUCGAUGACUCAAACAGCCUGGAAACUGUGUGGAGAAUGGAUCCCUACUCCUAAAGAUGGACAUCCCAACGACCUUGGCGAGGAAUCCCAAGAGUAUCAAGCAAUCUGCUACCAUGUUGACCAUGACGGUGAAUCAUACGGAGCAGUCAAGCACGUUUUCAAGAUUCAGUACUUCGAAGGAGAGAGGGAUAUCACAUCGCUGCCUGUUUACCCGCUGCGGUUUUCAAAGGACUCCGAGCAGAUCUUUGCCCGUCUUCAGGCGCAGGGCGAGAGAUUCCAAUCACUGAUCAAGGAACGACACCUUCGUUAUGAAGGGUGGACGGUAAUCAAUACUCCCACAGGAAAACUGAUGACGGACUUCAAGACACCAGAGCACAUCGAGAGUGAGGUGAUCAUUGACCUAGCCGAAGGAUACCAGCGGUACCCAGCGUGCAAGCCUGAGUUUGUCAGAUAUUAUCUCGACUCAGACUUUUGGUCCCUGGGCGAAGAUAAUAUCGAAAUCAAGCACUGGUCUGAUGCGAAACGUACAAGGUUACUCCAUUCUACCAAGGAGAGAUUGGUUCUUGGAGACUGUUCAUUCAACCGAAACUUCAACAAUUGGCUGAAGAGUCAACCGUCGUUCCAGAUUGGUCUCGACACGAAGCUUACUCAAGUCACGGGGGAUGAUGUUGCCCUUUUCCCGCGGCGUCUCAUGGCAUAUGUAUUACGAGAGAGAAAGUUCGUCAUGGUCGAUAUCUGGUCCCUGCAGCCAGUAAUGGCGCAUACAAAUGCCUUCCGAGAUCUAAAAAUCAAGCCCAGCCACAAGCGCACGGUGAUGUCGCUGGUACAGGCGCACUUCAAACGUGAAGAAUGGCGCAAGAAACACCCGCGAGUGGAACUCAGUCAGGACCUCAUUCCAGGCAAAGGUAGCGGUUUAAUUAUCCUGCUGCACGGUGCCCCUGGCGUGGGUAAAACUGCCACUGCAGAGACCGUGGCCCAAGCGGCUAAGAGACCGCUGUUUGCGAUCACUUGCGGUGACUUGGGAUUGACGCCUAGCGAGGUCGAAGAAGCGCUCAGCAAUAUUACCCGCCUGGCGCACCUCUGGGGCUGUGUGCUACUCUUAGAUGAGGCUGACAUCUUCCUGUCGAGAAGGGGGAUCACUGAUUUCAAACGAAAUGCGCUUGUUUCGGUCUUUCUCCGUGUACUCGAAUACUACAGCGGUAUUCUCUUCCUGACCACGAAUCGGGUGGGGUCGAUUGACGAGGCUUUCAAGUCCCGCAUCCAUAUGAGCCUGUACUACGAACCGCUGAAGCGGAAUCAGACCUUGGCCAUCUUCCAGACCAAUAUCGACCGGCUCAAGAGAAUCGAAGCCAAGAGAACAGAGCAGCCGCAGGCCGAGGAGUGGAGGGAUCCGCCGCUGACGAUCAACGAAGAUGGCAUUCUAGACUAUGCCGGAUGGUACUUCGAUUCUUUUCCCGAGGCGCGAUGGAACGGACGCCAAAUUCGCAAUGCGUUCCAGGUCGCUUUUUCGCUGGCUCAGUACGACACACGGAAAAGCUCCCUUGAUACUUGGGGGAAUGGUCCAGAGCCCGAAGACGAAGAUCCCGCUAUCGGCCCUGUCCUGGACUGGAUCCAGUUCGAACGAGUUGCGGAGGCGAUCGACCAGUUUGACAACUAUCUGCAGGAGGCGACUGGGGUCACUGACCUCGAUGCUGCACGGGUCGAUCGCAUCCGCGCUGACGAUUUUGACUACCGUCGCGCCGCACCUCGUCCGCGGUAUCAGCCCGUACGACUGGCUCGCGGAAGGCCCGCCGACUCGCAGCUUGCUCGUUCGGACCGCUAUCGAUCGAGUGUGGGCUCGAAUCCACCUAGACGUCCCGCUCAAAGUUGGGGACAGAUGGCAGGUCACGUCGGUCAGAGAGAAAAAUUACCCGCGAAUCAGGGCGGACUGUACGAGCCAGGUCAUCGGCGCUAUAAGCCAGGGCAAGGCGCUUCAGGAAGUCGUCCACCGCGCCGAUCCCAGGCUCGAGGAGGAAACGUGGUUUCCACGGACUGGGACGACGAAGCAUCGACUUAUCCGGAUGAUCCCCAGAGGAUGGAGGAAGCGGAAUAUAACGAUGCGUCAUAUGGUCAUGGCGAUGAUUUUGAGGACGAUGAUAGAUACUAA